AUGUUGCUCCACGUUCUUCGCUGUUGGCUGGCGGUUGUUGCGAUCUGCUCGGGACUUGUUACCGCUACGGUGUAUGUUGUGGACGGUACAGACCAGUCGCUCUCCAACAAAACUUUUGACUAUGUUAUUGUUGGUUGUGGGCCAGCGGGUCUGGUAGUGGCCAACCGUCUCAGUGAAGAUGUCAACUCAAGCGUCAUCUGUUUGGAGGCAGGUCCUUUUGACCAGAAUGAGACAAUGAUCACAAUUCCAUACUACAUCGGACUGCAGCCACCACUGUUCUACGAAUGGGGCAUGACAACAAUCCCACAAUAUCAGCUCGAUGGAAAACCUAGACCUGCUCCUUGCGGACGCGGCGUUGGAGGUGGCUCGCUUAUCAACGAACUCGGCAACGAUGGUUGGGGAUGGAAUGACCUCCUACCAUACUUCAGGAAGUCAGAGACAUUCACUCCUCAGCGGUACGCUGGUCAGAGCCUUUCAGAUGCCGACCAAAUCGACUCCUUCAGUCCCAAAUUUCAUGGUUCCCAAGGACCAGUCCAGAUCUCAUACCCUAAAUACCUCUGGCCGCAGUCGUGGGCAUGGUUUGAAGCCCUGGAGGAACUAGGUGUGCCCAAGUGCAAUGAUCCGAAUGACGGUUCGAUGUCCGGCGGUUACUUCAUUCCUCUCAACGUCCAUCCGACACUUCAGACACGAUCGGACGCCCGGCGGGUCUAUUGGGAUCCUGUUCAUGACCGGUCGAAUCUCGAUAUCGCUGUUCAUGCUCAGAUUACACGCGUACUAUUCGAAACACCAUACUUCGAGCCUACACGUACUGUCCGACAUGGCUGGAGGACUCCACGGCAGUCUUCUACCAACGGCACUCUUCGCGCGACAGGCGUUGAGAUAGUCUACAACUCUACCUCGCCCUUGCAGACCAUCUACGCACGACGAGAGGUCAUUGUGGCGGCCGGUGGCUUACAUACGCCUCACAUCCUCGAGCACUCGGGUGUCGGCUUAGCUAGCCACCUAUCCUCAAUCGGCAUAAGUCCUGUCAUCGAUCUGCCGGGUGUUGGCAACAACCUGCAAGAUCACGCCAUGAUACACCUGAACUAUCACUACCAGAAACCCGGUCUUGAGUCUAGCCUGACGCUGCUCGCAAACGCGACCUUCAACGAUGAGGCGCAGACUGAAUACCUAUCACACCGCACUGGACCGUGGACUGCAAAACCUUCGACCGCAGUAGCGUUUCCCUCGCUUCAGCACAUCACCAACGCAAGCUACGUCGCCGAUGUCAUGUCUUUGGCAGCUCUGGAUGGUGGCUCCUCCUCCUUACCUUUCCCACCUGAGCCCAACAACGCCACUAUCGAUCCUACCGUUCUCGCCGGCUAUCAAGCCCAACUCACGCACCUUCUCCGCGCUCUGAACUCCUCUCUCGUCCCCUCACACGAGAUUCUCAACGACAACGCAGGUGGGCUUGACCUAGGUCUCAUGCGACCUCUGUCUCGCGGCACUUCACACGCCCCUUCCGCCUCACCCUUCGAGCACCCAGUCAUCAACCCGAACUGGCUUGCCCACCCAGUCGAUCGCAUCAUCAUGCUACGUGCCAUGGAGUUUAACGAACGCCUACUUUCCACGCCACAGCUAUCCACUCUCGAGCCAUCGUUUCUGCAAGUACCGCGAGGCGCAAGCGAGGCUGAACUUUCGGCUUUGCUGAACAGUGGCAUUGGGACAGAAUACCACUUCUCCGGUACGACGGCCAUGCUCCCUCGGCAUCUCGGUGGUGUUGUUGACCCCAAUCUGGUUGUCUAUGGCACGCAGAACCUGCGGGUGGUGGACAGCUCGAUUUUCCCAAUUAUUCCUGGUGCGCACCUGCAGAGUGUGGUGUAUGCGGUGGCGGAAAAGGCGGCAGACUUGAUCAAGGGUGAUGCCGUGCUGAGAGCGGGACUGCUGGAGGCCGCGCUGGAUAACGAGAUGCCGGAAGGUGAUUUUGGGCGUGGCUGGGGCAGGAGCUUGGGCUACCCGUCAAUGGUACGGGUCAUGAGCAUGGUGGGUGAGCAUCGAGGCAGUCCUGGGGCUGGCCUUGCGGAUUGUUCUGUUCUGGAUACAGAAUUGAGAUGA